UAUGCAUUCCCUUCUGCUUCAAUCGUUGUUUCCCUUGCUCUUGAUCACUUCCGUUCUUUUGAUCAACGUUGAGUUAAGUCUAUGCCAGGACAAUGAACAAUAUACAAACUGCAGCGAAGCUAUUAACUGCGGUGGCAUCGGAGGCAUCUCAUAUCCCUUUUGGGGAGUAAACCGGGCUAAUUACUGUGGUCUGCCGGGGUUUGAGGUCAAAUGCCAAGAUAAUGUCCUCAUGAUCAACAUAUCGAGUAUCAACUACAGAAUUCUUAAAACGGACUCUACUGCUCCCUCUGUUACAGUUGCUAGGCAGGACUAUUGGGGAACUCUCUGUCCUCCGACUUAUGUCAACACCAGCAUCAACUUCUCUCUGUUUAAUUAUCCGUCUGGGCUUACAAGCAUGACCUUUUACUACGCGUGCAAUACAAGUAUAACUAUCUCGGGGUAUACUUCCGAAGUUUGCAGUACGAACAACGGUGACAUUACUGUUUGGUCUUUCACCCAGAAUCCCCCAGUUGAUCUAGUUGCUACCCGCGCCUGUACAGCUGGGGUCAGUGUUCCGGUUUUUACGACAGCUGCUCAGGCUCUAGAGGCCAAUCGAACAACUAUCCAGGAAGCCGUAGAUGAGGGCUUUGAAUUGGGAUUGGAGAUUGAUAAUGUUGAAUGCAACAGUUGUGUGCAAUCAGGAGGGAAGUGUGGGCAUAACGCUACUGGUGGAUUCAGUUGCUUUUGCCUGGAUCAGGCCUAUGCAGCCGUAUGUAAUGCAGCUGCACCCGGAGCACAAGGUACGUCUGUCCCUCUUCAUUCUCUUAUAAAUUACAGAAUUGAAUUCCAGGAUUGGUGGCAUCAACAGUUUUUUAUUACAUCCUAGACAGCUACCUAGGUGUGUGUCAUUAGGCUCGUCUGUUAAAAACCUGGGUCGGAAAUCGGGAAUUGUGUGCAGAAACAAAAAACAGAAACUACUGAACUUGACGUAUACAAGAAAAGAGAUCAUGUUGCUACGAAUUUCAGAAAUUGAACAUUUUGGAUAGAAAAUUUUGUAAAACUUUUAAACCCUUAAGAGUGUUCAUGUUUUGAUCAUUUUGAUCCUUUGGCACAUGCAUCGAAUUGGAAAUCUUGAUGGUGCCAGUCAACACUUUUUGUGGCUCUCACUUGACUUCAAAAUCCGAUUCCUAUUGAAGAGGGCUUGAGGUACAGUUGCUGGCAGGACUCUUGGGAAAUUGCCUGUCCUCCAACUUCAGUUAACACCAUCAACUGAUCUCUGCUAAAUUAUACUUGUGGCACUUUUUUUAAUGGCCUUGAUGAAGAGUAAAAGGUCCGUGAAGCAGAGGUUUGGGUGCAUAAUUGAAACUUCUUUAUAAUUCCAUGUUUCCUGGAAAAAAAAAAAAAAAAAAAAAACCUACA